AGAUGACCACAGCCACCCCUGUGGGGGACACCACUUUCUUCUUGAACAUGACCACCAGGGGAGAAGACUUUCUGUAUAAGAGUUCUGGAGCCAUUGUUGCUGCCAUUGUGGUGGUCGUCAUCAUCAUCUUCACCGUGGUUCUGAUCCUACUGAAGGUGUACAACAGGAAAAUGAGGACGAGGCGGGAGUUGGAGCCGAAGGGCCCCAAGCCAGCCACCCCUUCUCCCCAGGGCCCAAACAGCAACAGCAACCAACACCCUGCAACUGUGACCUUCAGUCCUGUUGAUGUCCAUGUGGAGACUCGGUGACCUCUGCCCUGGUACUGUGUCUGCCACUGUCCAAAGAGCCUCUCCAGAGCCAAGACCCAGGAGCACCUUCUCCGGCAGCUUCACCAUGAGUUCCUCCUGGUCAGAUCCACAGAGGCAUCUUACACGCAAUCCCUGAUGCUUCAGGCAACCCUCAACCUCCUCCUGCCCUGACCCACCCCAACUAUGUCCAGGUCCCUGCCGCCAACUACCAAAACUCUGUGGAGCAUCCUUUUGUCAUCUGGUGAGGUAGAACUAGAUUGGGAAUCCACUAUUGUGGAUUUGGCUUUCUCCUGACACUGUAUAGCUAGACAGACAGACAGACAGCCCACGAG